ACCUUUCCGUCACAGGAGACCCUAAGAAUACUCAUCUGUCGUUCAUGGAAUCCACCCCUGAAUCUGACACACACCUUCCUCAAGGACAGUCCGGCAACCUGAAUAUCCUCAUUGGGCUCUCAGUAGCCGUCAUCUGCAUUGGCAUUUGCCUCUCUGCUUUUAUUGGUUACUGGUGUUCCGUAAAAUACCACACCCCCAUGGCAAACACAGAGCGCGUGGAAGGCCAACAGAUGGAUGAAGAGGACCCUGCGGCAGAAGCAGCACAGGCGAUGGUGUAUGCCCAGUUAAACCAGCACACCCUCUCUCAGAGAGGAGUCACUCCCACCCUCCCGUGUCCUGAGUACCUCUUGGAGGAACCCAGUAUCUACAUUGCCGUCCACCAAGCCUAGGUGGAGGCCACAGCUGCCCCCAGUCUUUGAGCGCAAGGGGCAUUCAUGCGCAAGGACCUGGAUCUUUUCCUAGGAGGAUUUUUUUCCAUGGACAUUUCUCCUCCUUCUGGUACUAUCUUGACACCUCCAAGCUGGCAACAGCAGAGUCUGAAUGCCUGUGGGAUUAUCUCAGCACUGCUUCUCAGACAACUAGCCAUUCUAUGAUUCUAUUUUGAGCACCCAGCCAUUUAAGGUGAUUUGACUCUACCCGCCCACUCAUUCUGGACAUCUCACUAAUGUCACCUGACUUAUUCUGAAACUCUGCAGACAUGCUUCUAGAAAGCUGUUGCAUAUCCUCAGCCAGUUUAGUCUCUAAAUUACUCAGUAAGUCUAUUUUAAAAAAUUUUUGGACAUUUUUACUGCUUUUAUUGCAAUGUGAUUUUUUGGAUUAUGUUAUCAAAUGCUUUUAAAAAUUAUACUGUAAGUUCUGGGGUACAUGUGCAUAUCUUGCAGGAUUGUUGCAUAGGUA